AUGGCAUUUAUUGUUAACUGGAUCACAGCAGAGAGAAACUGCCAAAGUUUUGAUGCAAAUCUUGCAUCUGUGCAUAAUAAAAUUGAACAAGAUUUACUCCUGAGUCUGUUGCCUUCUUCUUCCACACGUUGUUGGAUUGGUGCUCAUGAUGGGGAACAAGAAGGACAGUGGGUGUGGAGUGAUGGAACUCCAUAUGACUUUACCUACUGGGGCUCUGGAGAACCUAACAAUCUGGGUACUGAGAACUGCGGGGAGCUCAACUGGAGCUCUAACCGUUGGAAUGAUUCACCCUGUUCAACUUCACUGGGCUAUAUUUGUGCUAAAGACCUGUGAGAUCUACAGUCAUCCUGCUCCACAGUUACUUUUAUUUGUACUACAUUUACAUGUUCUGAACUUAUAUUUUAUUUUAUCUGUUAUUAUCUUCAAAUUGGUCUUCAAAUCAAUAAAUAAGCAUUGAAAAAA